CCAGUGGUGCUGCCCGCGGCUGCGAGACUCCGCCGCCGGCUGGGUGCCGCUCGCGGGCUGCGCUGCAGGUGGCGGCGGGAGAAGCAGGAAGCGGGCCGGGCCGGGCCGGGGAGCAGGAUGGCGGCCGGGGACUCCGAGAACAUCCGCUACUGUGCGCGCUUCUCCUACCUCUGCCUCAAGUUCACCCUCAUCACCUACUCCACGCUCUUCUGGUUGAUAGGAGCACUUGUUCUUGCUGUUGGAAUUUAUGCAGAAGUUGAAAGACAGAAGUAUAAAACCCUUGAAAGUGCCUUUCUAGCCCCAGCAAUUAUUUUAAUACUCUUGGGCAUUGUAAUGUUUCUUGUAUCAUUUGUGGGUGUAUUGGCUUCUUUAAGGGACAAUAUAUGCCUUCUUCAAGCAUUUAUGUACAUCCUUGGCAUUUGUCUCUUCAUUGAACUGGUCGGUGGAGUUGUGGCACUGAUCUUCAGAAAUCAGACAAUUGACUUUUUAAAUGAUAAUAUCAGAAGAGGAAUUAAGAAUUAUUAUGAUGAUCUGGACUUCAAAAACAUAAUGGAUUUUGUUCAAAAGCAGUUUAAGUGUUGUGGUGGGGAAGAUUUUAAAGACUGGUCAAAGAAUCCGUAUCAUGAGUGUUCUGCACCAGGGCCAUUAGCCUGUGGAGUGCCCUAUACUUGUUGUAUUAGAAAUAAGACAGACAUUAUGAACACUAUGUGUGGAUAUAAAAUGAUUGACAGAGAGCGCCUGAGUGUUCAAGACAUUAUAUAUAUCCGAGGAUGCACAAAUGCAGUACUCAUUUGGUUCUUAGACAACUACAGUAUCAUGGCUGGUGUCAUGCUUGGCAUAUUGUUACCCCAGUUCCUUGGAGUGUUGUUAUCUUUACUUUACAUAACUCGCGUAGAAGAUAUCAUUGCUGAAUACAAACAUAAUGAGGGUCUUUUACAAGAAACACAGCAGAAAUCAGAAACUGAAUUUGCAGGCACAGGUUGCUGUAUGUGUUAUCCUGAGUAACGUAGCUGCCAUGCAAGACCUCAAGUGCUGUUUAAAAAAACAAAUCUUGUGUUGUGGAUUGUAUGUAUUUCUGCAGCUCUUAAAGAUCUUGAGCUAAUUAAUCUGUAAACCUUUCCGAUUUUUUAAAAAAACGUGUACUUCAAAAACAGAACCUUAACUCUCUCACCAUGUGUUCUUAACUGCUUUUCCUGUGUAUUUCAAUUUUGAGUGUGCUUUGAAUUUUCACAGGAUUUCUCAAGCUGUGCACUCUGGGGCAUUUCAUACCCUGGAGAGUGCUAAAUCUCAUGCUAAUUGAAACGUGGGCCAGGUAAUCCAGUGUGUUCAAACAUUUAUUUUGGAGCUUUCCCCAACUCUGCUGCCCAGGUGGCUGUUUGCCUCUAACACAGGCCCUCUGUCUCCCAUCCUGUCCUCAUUUAUAUCUCUAAGGCAGCAAAUGGCCUCCAAGGCUGACACAGGCUAGCUGUGGAUGGUUAACUGCAGUGUAGACCUACCCUCAAAGCACAAGCCCAGGGGCCUACCCUGCUUGACAGUGGUUGUCUGAACUUUUUCUAAUGAUUACUGAAAGAUCUGUGGUGAGGAAUGCUUUAUGUUGGGAACACUCAGAGCUAAACUUUUUUGAAAGAGCUUUUGUAUUCUAGUUUGACAUAUUUAAAUGUUUGUAUUUUCGUAUUGAUUCCUAAUCAGAAGGGAGACUUGUGUGUCUUUCUAUAUUGAGCUAAAUUGUAACAUCAAAUACAUGUUUAAUAACUUUUUCAUGCUGGUCCUGACUAGGGCUGCCAAUUUUGGUUGGACAUAUUCCUGGAGGUUUCAUCGCAUGACAUAAACUUUAAUUAAAGAUUAAUCUUUAAGUCCUGGAAACUCAGCAACCCUAGUGACUGAUUUAAUGAUGUAAUAUAACUGCAUGUAAUGCAGCACACUUUCAUAAAUGAAUCUUUUGUGCCUUUUAAUAAUGUAGGUAUACACUAGUGUUUGAGUCAGUCAGGUAACGCUUUGACAAACUUUUUAAUGCAGUUUAUUACUGUACAGAUUUUGUAUGAGAGUUAUUGAAUGUUUGGCUAAUUUAAAUUUUGUAAAUCUUGUAUUUUCCCCUCUAAGUAAAUUAACUAGAUUGCC